GAACUUAAUGAGGUCCAUUAGAGCAACAUGUACAGCCUCCUCUAACAGUACUUGUCAGCUUCUUGGAUGAGCUGAAGGAAGCUGCUAACUAGGGACCUGGUGAGGUGUUUAAAUACUGGAGAAGCAGAACUGGCCCACUCAGGUUUUCUUUUCAGCUGGGGAAGAAAGUGAGGAGGAAGAAGAGACAAGGGGGAAGGAAAAAAAGGGAAAAGCAAAGCCAGGGGCUUCUUUCAUCCGUGCUGGUGCAAUUAGACCAGGGGGAGAAGUGGGGAGUAGUGCAAGCUCCAUUUUUUUUUUUUCUAUUUAACUGAGUUUUUGUUGUUAUUUUUAAUUGGACUUUACAGAAACCAAACUGUUGGGUUUAUUUGCAUCCUGUAUAUUUUUGUUGCAUAAUAAACACCACAUCUUACCUGCAUCUUUUGGACUAUAUAGAAAUAUCUGACUAUUGAACAAGGGAGAAAAACCUCAAACUGUGAAGUAUCCUUUUUUUGUUUUCCCCAAAAAAGACUGAGCUGAAAACUUCAGGGAAAAAGAAAAAACCUUUUGAGUCUUAUUUUUUCCUGCGGAGGUUUUCUUUUUCUAAAAGGUCUGCUGCUGGAGCACUCUCUGGGAAGGUGAUCCUGAGCCGCUUCAGUAGAGGUAAGUUGUCUUCAGCCAGGACGGAGACAGACAGCCUUGGACUGCAAGAUACUAAAAGGAGGACACCUGUAGCUCGGAUGCGGUCAACACAAUUACUUGGCGGAUCCUUGAGGACCUCAUUAUUUUAAACUUAAAGAAUAGCGAUCUCCCUCCCCAUCUCUCCCACCCCCUCUUUAUUUUUUUCCCCAAACAAUGCUUCUUUUUGACCUUUCCCAAGGAGAAGAGCUACAAAGCAGCCACUGUGCUUAUUGAACUGCCUCCCCUGUAUCGCUUAAUUGAGAAGGUCUGCCAUAGACUUACUGUGGAGCCCCAUGCAGGUCGCUGGAUCUCAUCCUCCCUCUUGUGAACAAGAAACAAAUCUUACAAGUCUGUAUACAAAUGCUCUCAGUCCAGCCAGACACCAAGCCGAAAGGUUGUGCUGGCUGCAACCGUAAGAUUAAAGACCGGUAUCUUCUAAAGGCCUUGGACAAAUAUUGGCAUGAAGACUGCCUGAAAUGUGCCUGCUGUGACUGUCGCCUGGGGGAGGUGGGCUCUACCUUGUACACCAAAGCCAACCUUAUCCUUUGUCGCAGAGACUAUCUGAGGUUAUUUGGUGUUACAGGAAACUGUGCUGCCUGCAGUAAGCUCAUACCUGCUUUUGAGAUGGUGAUGAGAGCUAAGGACAAUGUUUAUCACCUGGACUGCUUUGCAUGUCAACUUUGUAAUCAGAGAUUUUGCGUUGGGGACAAAUUUUUCCUGAAGAACAACAUGAUUCUGUGCCAGACAGACUAUGAGGAGGGUUUAAUGAAAGAAGGUUACGCACCCCAGGUUCGCUGAUCUGAUGCCACAUCAUUAAGAAUACAAAGCACUAUGUUCUUUUAUCUUUUUUCGUCAACAUGUAUAUAAGAAAUGACACAGGAACCUACUGAAUAGCAUAGAUAUAGGGAGACAGAAUGGUUGCGUGAAAUAAAAGGCGGACUGCACCUGUAUGUAGUGAAAAUUGCUCCAGUUCAGAGAUGAAUGUUAAUUAAAAAGGUACUGUACAUACAGCUGGAUUCUUCUUGCUUGCUCUUGGGGCUUUUUGUUUGGUUGGUUUUUUUGUCUCUUUUUGUGUCAUUUGGCAUGAGAUGUUUACUUUGGACUAUUGUAUAUAAUGUAUUGUAAGAUUUGAAGCACAAAUGUAAUACAGUUUUAUUGUGUUACCAUUUGUGUUCCUGUUUGCUUCUUUGUAUUGUUGCAUUUAGUACAAUCAGUGUCUAAACUUACUGUAUAUUUAUGCUUUCUGUAUCUACCAGCUAUUUUAAAUGAGCUGUAUCUUUCUAGUAAAAAUAAUUAAAGAGCAAAUCCCAACCAUUAUGCUACACUUAGAGCUUAAGAAUACUGUUUACAUUAAAACUAUUUAGAAAACUAAUAACUCUAGCAGCACCUGCUGCUAAUGAUGCUAUGGUAAAGGGUCUAUCAGCACUUCUGUUAUAAGCCUCUAUUUUUCAGGGGUUAAGCAUCUGCUGUUUAAUUGCAUAGAUUUUUCUCAAAGAGCACUUUUAUUUUACUACAAAAUUUUGGAAAAAAUAAAAUCUGACCAGUUUGGGAUAUAUUGUAAAAGGUGCAAAAGUUAAUGAUUUUGGGUGCUGCUUUUGUGCCCCUCAGGCAUUCAAAAUGCCAGGAUUUGAUUUUUAAUUGAGCUGGAAAUUAAGCCCUAAUUCAAACCAAUGCUUCUGGGUAUCUUAUUUUAUAUAUAUAUUUAAAAAAAUGUUAUUUUUCUGAAACCAUUUAAUUUUGCGGGGGAGGAGAAGGGAGAGAACUUCGGUUUAUAUACAUUUUUAACAUUUCUUGAAAUUUGAGGGGUCUCUCUCUCUCCUUCCUUUUUUUCUUUCUUUUUUUAAUCAGGGCUUAACCCUAAAGUUUUCUGGGGCUGUGUCCUCUACAAACCCCAGAAAAGAAGUGAAACUAGAAGGCACUGUAAACAGCCCCCUCUAAGGGUCUGUUUACCUUAAGGAAAUGACCCUGAGCUGACAAUAAGAGAGUGAGUGGUUAUUAAUUACCCACCUCAGUGAGGUAAUUUAAGUGCUGAUGUAGAUGGGAUAAAAUUUUGAAAUACCAAUACAGAAAGUGAGAGCUACAACACUCGACUGCAAAGGUACUUUGCUGUCCAUGACAACAUCCUACAGAUUGUCCCAUCAAUAUUGGCAAUUAAAAUCCUUUUGACAGAGGUGGAGUCACUGCUGCCAGCUACUGUUGGCAAUCAGUCCAUUUUCUAGGAGAGGUGGACCUCUGUUUUUAAAGCCAUGAAGCUAUUGCAUCAGCAGGAUGUCCCUAAGUGCUCAUGCCCCUGACAGAGCUUACAGGUGUUUGGCAAAGGAAAACAGGAUGAAUGUUUAAAAAGUUGAUAGAUGCACAUUUAAUUCUUUUCUCUUUGCCUAACCUAGCUCACCAGGAAAGCAGCCUGCAUUUAAAAAAAAAAAAAAAAAAAAAAAAAAAGAGGAAAAAGAAA